UUUUACCAUGUUGGUCAGGCUGGUUUUGAACUCCUGACCUCGUGAUCUUAAAAGUGCUACUAGGAUUACAGGCCUGAGCCACCAUGCCCGGCCACAUGUCAUACAUUUAUAUGUAUCUGAGGAUAAAGGGCAUUGGAUGGUGUCUGUGAGCCCUUCUGUGACACCUCAGGGCCAGAUGUGUUUUGGAAUUCAAAGAUUUUCAAAUUUGAGAAAGAUAAUACAGUGCAUAUACAAUAUAUCAAGCACAUCUCCAGAGGGAUCUGGAGCAACACUAAAUAAUGAAACAUACCAGUUAAAAAUUUUUAAUUGAUGUAUAAUGUAUGUACAGAAAAACACACCACUGGGUAUAGCUAAAAGAAUGUUUAUAAACUGAAGAUAUAUGUUAUUAAUGUUUCUGCCAUAAUUGUGAACAUUUACAUUUAGUGGAAUAAAUUGAGAUUACAAAUAUGCUCAUAUCAGGUCAAGUGGUGCUGCGAAAUGAGUGACAUUGGGUUUUGCUCUCAAAGGAGUUAUACAAUACCUGGGUUUUGGAUUUCUGACUUUGGGAUGAGAGCUUGCAGGCCCGUGUUAAUACCAGAGACAGUCACGUGAGCAAGGCAUUCCAGCAGAGCCUGGAAAAGGCAUCAGGGCUAUGAAAGGAUGGGGACUGGAUGGCUCUUCAGUCUGGUGUUUGCUCACAUAUUCCACAUCCUUCCUCCUGAGUCCUGCCAUUUUGCUCUUUCCCCAGGAGUACACAUCCAGAUGCCAGCCCAGCUGCCACAGGGGAUCCCUCUGGGAGACUGAAAGGACAGGUUCUGGGGCUCGAGUUGAGGCCGACCAGCCCUGACCCUCAGGCCAGGGGAAUGGCAGCCCCCUUGGAGCCCCAGGACCAGGCCCCUGGGGAGGGAGAAGGGCUUCUGAUUGUGAAAGUGGAAGAUUCCUCCUGGGAACAGGAAUCUGCCCAGCAUGAGGACAGCAGGGAUUCCGAAGCCUGCCGCCAGCGCUUCAGGCAGUUCUGCUACGAGGAUGCGCAUGGGCCUCAUGAGGCCUUCAGUCAGCUCUGGGAGCUGUGCUGCCGCUGGCUGCGGCCCGAGCUGCGCACCAAGGAGCAGAUCCUGGAGCUGCUGGUGCUGGAGCAGUUCUUGACGGCGCUGCCAGGGGAGAUCCAGGGCUUGGUCCGUGAGCAGCACCCAGGAAGUGGCGAGGAGGCUGUCGCCUUGGUGGAGGACCUACAGAAGCAGCCAGUGAAAACCUGGCCGCAGGAUGUGCCCUUGGAGGAGGCGGAACCCAAGGCUGCAGGCCAGGAAUCUCAGGCCAAGGGGCCUCCCUCGACAGUAGGGGCACGGAGGCAGCCACCUGUUCCCCAGGAGCAGCACAGCCAUGGCGCCCAGCUUCCUGCUCUUCUUAAAGAGGGGCAGACCAGAGAGCCAAUGGAUACCUGCUUUGUCUCCGGCGUCCAUGGACCUGUGGCAUCAGGAGACAUUCCAUUCUAUUUCUCCCAGGAAGAAUGGGGCACCCUGGACCCUGCUCAGAGGGAUCUCUUCUGGGACAUAAAGCGGGAAAACUCCCGGAACACGACUCUGGGUUUGGGGCUCAAAGGCCAAAGCGAGAGGUCCCGGCUGGAGGAGGUGGUGCCAGCGCUGCCAGGACAGGCGGACCUGGGCCCAGUGGUGGGCGCGCGACGGGGGCGGCCACCCACGCGCCGUCGCCAGUUCCGGGACCUGGCGGCUGAGAAGCCGCACAGCUGCGGGCAGUGCGGGAAGCGCUUCCGCUGGGGCUCGGACCUGGCGCGGCAUCAGCGCACGCACACGGGCGAGAAGCCGCACAAGUGCCCCGAGUGCGACAAGAGCUUCCGCAGCUCCUCAGACCUGGUGCGCCACCAGGGCGUGCACACGGGCGAGAAGCCCUUCUCCUGCUCCGAGUGCGGCAAGAGCUUCAGCCGCAGCGCCUAUCUGGCCGACCACCAGCGCAUCCACACAGGCGAGAAGCCCUUCGGCUGCAGCGACUGCGGCAAGAGCUUCUCACUGCGCUCCUACCUGCUGGACCACCGGCGCGUGCACACUGGCGAGCGGCCCUUCGGCUGCGGAGAGUGCGACAAGAGCUUCAAGCAGCGCGCGCACCUCAUCGCACACCAGAGCCUGCACGCCAAGAUGGCCCAGCCCGUGGGGUGAGCAGCCGGCUUGGCCGGAAACCCCGGGGAGGCCCAGCCGCGGCACAUUGUUUCGACCAUGGGACUUUCUUCCCAUCUGUGGCCACCUCCCGGGCUGUCCAAGGGACUCCAGGGCACCCUACACGCAGAGCUUGCCUGCCCUGCUGUACUCUGAGGACCUGCCCAGCACUCAAAGGGAACGGAAGCCCCCCUCACCUUGUCUUUCCCCCUUCUGCUCCUAGCAUUUCUCUUCCCCUCUAGUCUCCUGAAGCGUCAACACAUUCCUGAUGGGCAGCAGGGCGGCCAGGACUCAGGUCUAGGUCCCUUCCCAGAAGCCCCCCAGCCUCAUUUGACUGUGGCUCUUUGGCCUCCACCCUCUGGGGUGGGUCCAUGGGUCAGGCCUCUGCC